GUGUAUGGAUCAGCCAUUGUGUAAAAAUUUAAGUCAAGCAAUGACUUUACUUAUAGCAUCGUAGACGUUCGGAACACACCUACAUCCAUUGAAUCGUAACGAAAUUUAAAUCGCUCGUGUCGAAUAUCAUGUUUACAAAAUAGAAAACAUUGUGCUAAAACGGUCCCGAAAGUAUCAAAUCAGUCCUCUCCGGAUCAAUUAUCGAACAUGAAUCACGAAAAACUAUUGGCAAUAUUCUAUCCGCUGGUUGUGGCUUGUGGCUUUAUUUGUAGCGUCACAACAGCAGUUGCUUGGAACCAUUGGAAAUAUGUUUUGGAUACAUGUGUGUCAUCGAGCUACUCAAGCAUCUACGAAGUGAAUUGUGGAUGCAUUCUGAAGGGCUUAUCAACGAUAACGUACUUUAUCGGUGGUCAUGUUGGCUACUGCCAUUGGGCAACAUUCGGUUUGUUACUGCCGAUUUUCGUAGCGAUCAUAUUCGGGUGCUAUCAUGUUUGGAGAGUUUGUUUCGGAGUGCGCAGAAGACGAUACGCUCAGCAUACAGUAAGACAAAGAUCCGCAGACAUUAUCGUCAUGACCGCAAAAACGGAAAUGACAGACAACGAAAUAUCACCAUACUGGUGGAUUCCAGCCAGUGUUGCUGCCAUAAUUAUGUUCAUCUAUGCCGUAGUCCAUGCAUCGAUGUAUUUGGAUGGAUUUCUUCAGUCCUGUCGACAGUACAGAAACGAGAUCGUAAAGUAUGUGCAUGCGAGUGGUCCGUUAGUGGCGGCCAUCCACGGACGAUUAACCUGCUCGUCAGUGUUCGAUUUUAUGGACUAUUUACAUCCGGACGUGUCAUUUGACCGUAGAAGAAUUGAUCGUAUCAACACUGCGGUGUGUUUGAUUUUGGGGCUGAUAACAGCAUGGGUUGGUGUUUUCUUGUGGCUGGGAAUUUUCAUUAUAAAUGUUAUUCAAGCCAGAAGGAGUCGCAAUCUACGCGUUUAGGGAGCCCCACUAAGUUGAUGAUUUUUAAAACGAAAAUCGUGUUUCCACCGCCUUAAAUAAGUGAGUCAGAUCGUCAUAUUAAGCACGAAACGUAAUUUUAUAAAUUAAUUAAUUUUUUUUUAAGAUUUUUAAUUGUAACAUAUGACAAAAUGUUGUUGUGCCUUUCCAACGUAUAACGAAAGUGUUCAACCAGUAAAAUAUAUUUAGCACAUAUCAUUCCAAAUUCGAGUACCAUUCAAUUGUAGUAACGACAAAAAACGCAACUUUUUGUUUCUGUUCUAUUAAAACUAAAGUAAAAUCGUCCAAUUAAUUCAUUAAUUAGUAACGAAUCGCAAUCGCUUCUAGUGGCACUGGUACAUAUCACAUUCUAAAUGAGACAAUAAAACGUUUUUGUGAAUUAUGAA